ACGGCGGACUAGAAAAUCUGGAAAAGAUUACCGGAUAUAGCAAGGACUUAUACUUAAAUAUUAGCGGAUACACCCAGGGCAUUUCCCAAACACCACAAUGUGGGGACACUUACUACUUUUGGGGGUGGUAUCCUGUCUGGGUCAGGGAUCCUUGGCCGCGGAUUAUUUUUCUUCGAUUACGGGACUGGAGGAACUUCUGCAAACGGAGCAGUAUCUCACCAGGGAACUGAGGUCUAAGGUCAAUGGAAUCAGGACCUCCCUGCAGUUCUUGGAGGGCAAGCUGGCGUCCAUCGAGGAGGAGCACUCUGUGGCUGCGGCGGACUCGGAGAACUACCUCACGAAUCCCGUGAACGUGUACCGCCUGAUGAAGCGCCUCCACUCGGACUGGUCGUUGAUGGAGGGUCGGGUUCAGCAGUUAUCGGAGGACAUGAGUGAGUUGGCGAUGGCCCUCCUGAAGGAGCUUCCCUCUAACGAUUAUUCCUUUGCAGGUUUCAAUGCAAGCAGGGAGUACGGCCUGAGCUUCCCCAGCCAGGAGGACGUGGAGGGGGCAGCCCUGGCCCUCGUGCGCCUCCAGAGCACCUACAAGCUGGACGUGGCCCAGGUGGCCGCCGGAAUCCUCAAUGGCGUCAAAUACGGCUCGGACAUGAGCUGGCAGGAUUGCUUCGAGCUGGGUCAACAACUCUUUGAAAUGGAGGACUACAACAACACGAGGGUCUGGCUGCGGGAGGCGAUGGAGCGCCUGCGACGUCACAGCAGCCACGCCCACUCGCCGCCCACCAGCGGACCGGAUACCGUUACCCUCAACAAAAUGGAGGCGACAGCCAAGAGUUUGUUCCAACUGGGCGACUUCGAUACGGCUUACGAGCUGAGCCAACGGGUGCUCCAGUUCGAUCCAAAGAGGAUAAGGAACUGGCACCUGGGAGACAAGGGAGCUGCGCCCUCGGAGGACACCGAUGGGGUUUACCUUCCCAAGCACUCGGAUUCCUAUAGCCUGUCGCAGGAGUUCGCCAAAUACGAGCGGGUUUGCCGGGGGGAGGUGAAUCCCACUCUCCGCAAGGAGCUGCGCUGCCGAUUCAGCCGGGGACACCAUCCGUACCGGAUCUUGGCGCCACUCAAGCUGGAGGAGCACAACCUGGAUCCGUACGUGGUGACCUUCCACGACGUACUCAGCCCCAAGAAGAUCGCCCAUCUCCGGGAGAUGGCAGUUCCACGGAUGCAGAGGUCCACUGUGAAUCCCCUGCCCGGCGGACAGAACAAGAAGUCCGCCUUCCGGGUGAGCAAGAACGCCUGGCUGGAGUACAAGGCGCAUCCCACCAUGGAGGGCAUGCUGCAGGACCUGAAGGACGCCACGGGACUGGACACCACCUACUGCGAGCAGCUCCAAGUGGCCAACUACGGCGUGGGCGGCCACUACGAGCCGCACUGGGACUUCUUCCGGGACCCGGACCACUAUCCCGCGGAGGAGGGCAACCGCAUUGCCACCGCCAUUUUCUACCUCUCCGACGUGGAGCAGGGCGGGGCCACCGCCUUCCCCUUCCUCGACUUCGCCGUGAAGCCACAGCUGGGCAACGUCCUCUUCUGGUACAACCUGCACCGCUCCCUGGACAUGGACUACCGCACCAAGCACGCCGGCUGUCCGGUGCUCAAGGGCAGCAAGUGGAUCGGAAACGUGUGGAUCCACGAAGUGACGCAGACCUUUGCCCGACCCUGCGACGUUUUCCGGGAUCACGAGGUUUCGCUGGAGUACGAGAUAAUCAAAUAA